AUGAAAACAGAAAAAGGUGAACAUCAAGCUUUAUGUUAUCUUAAUUAUAUAGCUUUAACCAUAACUUGUCAAGGUUAUGUAGUAGUUUCCGAAGGGAGCGCUACCUCCAAUAUUCAAUAUCUUUCUCAUUGCUCUCGCUUCUCGUUGUUUGGUUCAUACACCAUGUCUGGUGAUUGCUCCGUUUCAAACCAAUGUGAUGAUUCUGUAAUUGACCAUCAAGCUGAUGAGACUGAUCUCAAGACGAUGGAAACAGAAACAAUAGUUGAAGAAUUUGUUAGAUUAAAAUUGAGACAAAGUGCAGGUAUUGUUCAACGCCGACGAACCUCAACUGAUAUGGAGACACAAGCUCUAAUCGGUCGCCUUAUAGAAAUAUCAAAUGAGUUAGAGGCUCAAUAUGGUGAACGGUUAAAUCAAGAUGCGGAAUUAUGGAUUAAGUCAGCUACCUAUGAAAAGUUUAUACAAAUUGCAAAAGGAGUUUUCUCAGAUGGAAUUAUUAACUGGUCACGAAUCGUAGUAUUGUUUAUGUUUGCUGUCAAAGUGGUAAUCAAUGCAAUUUCCAAAGGAUUUAGUGGUCUCGCUGGUGAUGUCGUAAGAUUCGUUGUCAAAUUUAUUUUUAUCCAUGGUAUAUACAAAUGGGUUGAAAGUCAUGGUGGUUGGGUGGCUGUCUUACGCGAGUAUACUCCACAUUCUAAUUCAAGUGGUCUAUUUGUAUUCGGCCUCACUCUGUUGAUUGUUUGCUUACUGUUAACAAGAAAGAUUUAA